AAAUUGAAACUGUUUCUGUAAAAUCCUUGUCUCUUCCUCUGUUUUUGUCACCUCUCUUCUUCUCUUCCUUGUUCCUACACUCAAUCCCUCCUCCCGAACCUAUACAGAGAGAGUGAAACAGUGAAAAGAAGGGUCUCUGCUGGUUGUUUCAGAACCCUUAACGGAUCUCUCUCUCUUUCUUUCUCAAUCACUCUGUUUUUCUUAUCUCUUCCUUUCCUUCUAUAUCUCUCUCGUGACUUCUGGUGAAAUCAAAAAUAUCCCUUUCUCUUCUUUCAGUCUCAAUCACUAAUUCUUACUAUUCUCUGUACUUUUUUUUUUCAGUUCCGGAGUUAUGAAUUUUACCGGAGGUUUUUCUACUUAUUUAAGGAAUUAGACCCAUUUUUUUCCAUUCCCUUUCUCUCUGUUUAUCUGAUACAAAUAGGUGUGUGUAUUAUUAUUAGUCUCUUUAUCUACACUCAAUUUCAUACACACAAUAUUUCUAGAGGCUGAGAAUUCUUUUGGGGAUUUUCUGAAUUAGGGUUUCUUUCUUUUUAGAUUUUUUAGGUUUCGUUUUCGGUUUUUAUUUCCCUACUUUGAUAUUUUCACUCUUUAACUUACAGUACUAUAAAAGGGUUUUUAGGGUUUUACAGAAAUCCCAUUUCAUUUCAGUUUAGGUUUUUUUACUAAUAGAUUUCAUAGUUUUUUUUAGGAUUUAGGGUUCUAUUAGGUCUUGAAUUUCAUCCAAAUUUUGGGUCUUUCUCGAAGAUAUCUAUUCUAAUUUCUCUUUAAUUAUGUUUUUCUUAGGGUUUUAGCAAUUGGGAUUUUCUCAUUUAAAGAUCAGAGCUUUUUCUUCUUCUAGGGUUUUAGAAUUUGAAUUGAAUCCUCUGGUUUUGUUCCAAUUCUGUUUUGAAUUCGGGGAUUUCAGAAAUGUCUUCAUGUUUAAGUGGAGGUGGAGGAAGAACAUAUAGCAUAGAUCUUGAUAUAGUUAAAUCUCAGCAUUCUUCAUCUUCAACAAGAACUACUCAUUCAUCUUCAUCACCGUCAUCAACACUCUCUGAAUCAACAGAUUCACCAAUUAAAAUCUCGACGCGUAAACCACGUACACCGCGGAAACGUCCCAACCAAACAUACAAUGAAGCUGCUGCUUUACUCUCAACAGUUUACCCCAACAUUUUCUCAAUCAAAAACCUCAAGAAAUCAUUCAAACAUUCUAAACCUUGUCACUCAUUUUCCGAAGAAUCAUCGUCUGAAUUGCUCCCAUCAUUUCCUCCGUUCGGUACGUCUGAAUUCCUAAGUCAUCCGCCAAUGCUCCCUGAAAACCCCAAAAUUGAAGCAAAACCUAUUGAUUCUUCUGAUAUUCAGAGUCCUGAAUCUGGAUUGAAUUACUCAAACCAUACUAGUAAUGAAAUGUUUGAGAAUGAUUUCGAUGCGGAAUCUAUACUCGAUGAAGAAAUGGAAGAUUCGAGUAUUGGAAUUGACAGUAUUAUGGGCAAUCUUAGUGCUAUUCAUGUAAGUACUGAUGAUUCCUACAAUCCUCAUCAACAAUUCUACACUCCUUACUUGGGAUACGGCGGGUACGGGUUCGGAGGAAUAAGUGCAUUUAGACAAGUAGAUGAUGGAGAUUGGUGGAGAUUUCCUACUGUUGAUGUUAUGAACAUUUCGCCAAACAUUCUGCCGAAAUUGAGUCUUAAAGCAAUUACUUCAAGCACUCCUCCGGUGGUAGUCGAGAAAGAGAACAAAAAGAAGAAGAAAAAGAAGAAGAAAGUAGAGAUAGUAGAUACAAUAGAGAAAGAAGAAUUAGAAGAUGAAAUUGAGAAGGAUAAAGAAGUAGGAAAUUCUGAGAAAGUAGAGGUAGAAGAGAAGAAAUUGAGUUCGAAAUUGAGUUUAGAUUUGAAAUUGAAUUACGAUGAUGUACUGAAAGCUUGGUCCGAUCGUGGCUCGCCUUUUUCAGAAGACGGGGUGGAGUUAUCGGAAUCUGAAGCUCUUGCUAGGUUGGCACAGAUAGAUUUAUUUGCUGAAAAUGGAGGACUGAGAGAAGCUAGUGUGUUCCGCUACAGGGAGAAAAGAAGGAGCCGUCUGUUUUCUAAGAAGAUCAGAUACCAAGUUAGAAAAGUCAAUGCAGAUCGACGGCCUAGAAUGAAGGCAAGGAAGGUUUGUGAGAAGGCCAAUAGCAACAAGAGAUGAAGAGAAGCAUAAGAAAUAGCAGUAGAAACAGUAAUUUGAGUAGUCCUUUUUGUUCUCUUCAUCAUCAUUUUGGUUAAUUAAUUAAUUAGAGGUGGUCUCCUUUUUUUGGUUGUUGUUGUAUAAGAAUAAUAAGGUUGCUGAAUUUUGGUCUUGUAGUUUUUGUGUCGAUUCUAUGAGAAAAGAAAUAGAGAGACAGAGAGAGAGAUCAUCACUCACUGAUGAGGAGAAAGAAAGAAUCUAAAUAUGAAUAUUUUGAGGGAAUAAGUAAAAAGCCCACAUUUUUUUGUCUA